AUGACAAGGACAAGGACAAGGAUUCAUAUCCUGGGUAUAGGCUCAAUCGGUACACUCGUGGCCCAUCAUCUCCAAUUGUCAUCCCCCGCUCAACCUAUGUCACUCCUCGUCAGAUCACCAAACACCUUCCCCACCUCCCUUUCGUCCACAAGAGGCUCCGUCAAAACAACUUCAAGUGGAUAUUAUAUCGAAUCAUCUAUAUCUUCCUCCCCUUCCUUGUCGGACAGACCAAUAAAGAGUCUAUUGAUCGCCACCAAAACCACACAAACUUCCUCUGCACUCGAACCUCUGAUACAUCGUCUGAAUGAGAACAGUGUGAUAACAUUGCUUCAAAAUGGGAUGGGUGUAUAUCAAGAACUGAUAUCUAAUUUCUUUCAAGACGAGCGUCAAAGGCCGCAUUUCAUAUUAGGCACCACACCUCAUGCGGUGUCUCCUUCGGAUCAGAAAGGUCAGAUAUAUCACCAUAGCGCAGUUGGCGAUGGGUUCAUCAAGUGGGGACUGGUCCAUGAUUCCAGCAAAAACAUAGGGGAAACUACUCUGGAAGACUGGCUAUGGGAUUAUAGGAGUAAGGAUGCUGAUAUAUCAUCUCAACAUUUAGAAAAAUUGGAAAUUCCCAAUGGUCGAGAUGACCUGGUUCACCUGAAAGAUACAAUGGCUUCUCUCUUAGAUAUGAACGACCUCAACUCACAGCUAUUACCAUACGAAGACCUCAACCACGCCAUCUUAUUAAAAUUAGUAGUCAACGCCGCUGUCAAUCCCUUAACAGCCAUAUUGGGCAGAGGUCAAAUAACAAAUGGGAAAUUGAAAGAGAUCCCUUAUGGGAUCAACAUUGUCGAUCAAAUAGUCAAAGAGUCGUCAGAAAUCUUGUUGAAGUAUCUGGAUCUUGAGAGUGCGGUUCCGAUGUAUUUGGAAAAGUUCGGGUAUGAGAAUCUGAAGAAAAUAGUAUACGAUACGAUCGAAGCCACAAGGCUCAAUACUACUUCUAUGGCCGUUGAUAUUAGAGAAAAGAGAAAGACAGAGAUUGAUUAUAUCAAUGGAUAUUUGGUCAAAAUGGGUGAAGAGCUGGGGUUUAAGACCGAUAUCAAUAGGAUGAUAUGCGAUAUGAUCAAGUUCAUCGAGGAAGAGCAAAAGUUGAGUAACUAG